AUGGUCAAGUCCGUUCCAGAUUCACUUUUCUUUGCUCUCAAGGUCUCCUGGGCACUCCUGCAGGUCAUUCAAAAGUGGUGGAACUCCGUAGUCCUCCGCAAGCUCCUCUAUGUGAGCUUUGCUUUUGACGAACGAAGGCCUACAAGCCCACUCCUGAACUUCUUAUUCCUUGACAACCUGUCAUUCUUUGCAGUGAUGGGGCUGACCGUUCUUUGUUCGUGGUCAUUGGCAGCUGUCUCUGCAUUGGUCACUUCCUGCUCUUUAGCCAGAUCAAAAAAUGAAUCCCGGGCACUCCGCAUGGAAAUACUAACCAAGGCAGUAACUUUACCAAGUGGAACCAAUACCAAUGAUGUAGCCCAAAUGGCCAAUGAACUUCUUGUGAAAGUAAAGGUCAUUGAAGAGUUCCAGGCUCAUGUGGAGCCUUUCAACACCAAGUGCAAAGUCGUGCUAGUCCUUUCCUUGGUGCUCUCGUUUGCAUUUGCGUGGUAUGCUGGGUUGACAGCUGUCACGCUCUUUGUGGUAACAUGCCUUGUUGGAUUUGGUUUUGCAAAACUGCGAAAGCCACUUCAGUCCAUCACAGAGCAAAACUCUGUCGAGAUGAAUGCAUUCUUGCUGGAUGUCAUCAGGAACAGCACAAAGGUUCAGGGGAUGAAUCAACUCAAAGAAGAGCAGGAGACCCUGGGCAGACUGGAAGAGGAAAACAAUAAGGUUCUCGAAAAAGAGCUCAUAGUUGCAUUCCUAUCUAAGGCUGUGAGAGUCUUCCUCAUUGGGAUCAUCCCUGUGCUUAUUCGAUUGGAGGCCUGGUUUGUGAUUGAAUCAGUGUUACAAUACCCAGCAGAAGCCUUUGAUAUUGCAUCUGCAGUUAUGGCUGCUUCUCUACUAAUGGAUGAUGCCCACAAAGCAAUUACGCAGCUAAUUUUUGCCAAAGAACAAGAGAUUAGCUCAAUCCAUGCAACGAAGGCUAUUCACCGGUACAUUGGGUGCUCAGCAAAAUCUCAUCGUGGUGACACGAAAACCAACAAACAAGAAGAUGCAUUCCUGGCAUCAUUAACAGAAGAACUUUCUCUAUCGAGCACAGACUCUGAUGAAAAUGUAAUGGAGAUGGGCCAAGCUGGACAAAAAAGAGGUCACUCAUUUGCCCGUGGCAAGAUCCAUGUUCUCGUAGGCGAGAGUGGGCGUGGCAAAACGACGCUUCUGAAUGUGAUUGGUGGGCUUCUUCAGCCACAGCAAGGGUCUAUGAUCUUUUGGAAAGGAAUGAAGACAGCCUUUGUGAGCCAACAUCAAACGUUGUUUGCUAGGACAAUUCGGGAAAACGUUACUUACGGGCAUUCUCGGUUGCCAACUGACCAAGAGAUCUGGGCGUCGUUGGAUGCUGCUUGUGUUGGUGACUUUGUGAGGUCUUUGCCCAAUGGCCUUGAUGAAACCCUGGUUCAGGGUGAGCAGGGAGUGAGUGGAGGGCAACUCCAAAGAAUCAAUCUGGCACAUCUCUUCUGCUCUUGUCAAGAUGCAGAUCUCAUCAUUCUUGAUGAAGUCCUUUCUGCCCUGGACCCAGAAUCGCGAAAGACCCUUUUGGGCAAGCUCAAAGUAUUCCUAGAAGGCAAGACUGCUAUUAUUGUUACGCAUCAUCACAACUUGAUGAAUGAUCUUUGUGCUGAAGUUCAUGAUAUGUCAUUGGAUCCUGUGUUGAAUGUGUCCGAAUAUUUUGAGGGCGACGUGGAAUGUUAA